UAUUAUUGUCGGCAAAUCGGAAAAUAUUAAUGUAAAAGACUUUCUUGUGGGCAAGUAUCAAGUUUUCGUUAUCGAGAACAUUCAAAUCUGGAGAUGGUUGGGGAAAGAUGUUAGGAAUAUAAGAAAGACGGUUGAGUUUAAAACUCGGUGUGAAUCGAUGUGAAGUAAACCAUGUAAUUAUUUUCCUGUAAUGUUGCUGUUUGAUUAUGCAGUGUGUAGUAAAUUGUGUGUUUAUAAAAGAUAAGGUAAAUAAACUGUGUGCUCACAAUGAAGAAACUGAAGAACAAUUUUUAAGUGUUUUAACAAUUUUGUGAGACAUCGUUGAGGCGUAUUUAGUAAAAUCGUAGCAAAAUUUUAAUCGAAUGGUAACAUUGAAGUCUUGCUUUUAAGUGGCAACGCCGGUUGAAUAAAUUUCAGCCGUUUCCUGCCCUUGCUUGGAAAAUCAAAUUUGAUUUAAUUUCACUUUACUGACUGCAGCUGCAAUAAUUGAUACAAAGCUUCAUUUGCAAGAGCUAUUCAUUUGAUAAGUUUAGCUGAAAGUAUAAAAUGACCUCAAAUUUUCAACCUAGUAAUGAAGAAGAUAGCCAGUUACUAAAUUCUAAUAUGGAAAAUAUUUCAAAUGAGCUGAGUUCGAUGUUAAUUGCUGGAGACUUAGAUGUCAUUGGUGCAAUGGGGAGUAUUCCAAUGCCUGAUACUAGCGGAAUGAAUAUGUCAAUUUCGAAAGAAGAAUGUGGAUUUGCACAAUGCAAUAAUGACUACCAAAAGUAUGCCGGAAAUUGUGGAAGCAGAGAUGUAGCUGGAACAAUACCUUUAGAACGUAAAACCCUUUUAAGCGAUAACAAAACAGAUUUGUUUUAUAUAUAUCAACGAUACUACCAACAAUGUCUUUACAUACAACGUCAAGAACAAAUGCAGGAGGGACAGCAAAACUUAAUGCAACAGCAGCUGUAUAAUAUUAUGCCAACUCAACUUAACGCCGGAAUAUCAUCAAGUUCUAUUUCGGCGGCACAUCCACUACCUGUAUCUCAUGGAUUGAGUAAAAUAAAUAACAGCUACUCUUCAGUACCUACACUGUUUAAGCAAAUUAAAAAUAAUACUGGUCUAAAUGAUUGGGGUGUUAGUGCGAGCACUCCAAACUCACCAAAGUUUGAGUUUCACUUCUUACGUUCACAGAAUAAUUUAUAUCCGGACACCGAUUCUGAGCCACUCAUCUCCAGUGCGUCUCUUACUGAUUUUGAAUCAGAACAUUCAUCUGGAACAAGCAGACGUAGUACUUCUAUAUCUCGUAGUAGCUUUAGUGGACACGGUCAUCGUAAGUUCUCAAAAUACAAUGGUUCUUCGAAGGAGGAUGACAUAGAUUAUGACAAAAUUACGGUAGACUUGUCUGUACUGGGUUUAUCAAUUGAUAACAAAGAACAUAACCCAGUGCUGCGUUUAUUUGGUCUCUUUCGCAAAAUGCAUUACUAUCUAAAUGACGUUUUACCUUCAAGCGCUGCUUUAAAUCGGAAAGAGAUUACCAUUAGUAAUCUCGAGGCAAACGCACAGGCUAGAGGCACUAUGCCCUGCACAAUGAACGUACAAUAUCAAGUCAAGUAUGCAGCUAGAAAAUGUACAAACUUUGUUUGUGACAUGCAACGUCUUCUUAGUGUAAACAAAAUUUAUAGUAUAGAGCUGUAUUUGGAAUGCGAGAAAUCCUUAAAUAUAUUACGAAAUAUUUUAACACAGUUUGAGUCAUUUAAACGCAUUGAUAUGGAACAUAAGCGUGGACAAUUUAUUACAGAAGAAGUGCAAGUUCAUACGCAGAAACUGGAAGAACUCUUGCUGCAGCUAAAUGAUCAGAUUCGUGAGUUACAAAUCUAUGUACAUGCAUUCAUUUGGGCUGUUGAACGCUCGCAGCAAAAUCUAACAUUUGGUGCGAGCAUGAAUGAGCGUGAAAUGGUAAAUGCAAAUGAGUUUUUAGUAAAUGCGAAAUCAGCAGAACCAUUGAUAUCGUCUAGUCAUGACAAUGUGAUAUUUGGAAUAAAUACCAUAAACAGUAGUUUGGAGCAACAAUCUAGUACUUUUACAGGAAUCUAUGAACGUAGUUUGGGCGAAAAAGAAACUGAGAUUGAGCGGCAAGUAACUCGCUACAUAGGCUAGAUGUAAAAGUAUGAAUGGAUUGUAAUUCUCUUUCCAUUAUUUAAUAUAUUUAGAUU